CGCACAAGGUUAGUCUGUUAGAGGGCAAAUAUACAGUAUGUCUCUCUCAUUCUCCACUCCCGGUCUUUUGCACACACACAUACGCAUGCACUCACUCACACAAACGCCUCACGUUUCCGCGCUUGCUUUCCAACGUGCCGCUUUGACGCCCAGAUGUCUCCUGUGCCCGGCUCCUUACACACAUGUUACACGGUGCAUACUAAUAAACUUCAGCUUGAACGGGAAAAACGAGAUGAACGAAACAUAGAAAUGUCAUUUCAUAUCUCUUUCACACGUUGAGUCUGCUCCACUCAACACGUUGACAUCUUUUCCUUUUGCCUUUGCGCAGUUGAAGGGCAUUACGCAUUGCAUGGCACCUCAAAAAUGAUGUUUAUUAACGACAUUACGGACAUCUUUUAAUCAGUUUAUUUCGUUUGGAGCUUGAAAUGAAAGGAUCGUGCGUCGUCAGGUCUAACAUCGACGUUUGUAAGGACUUUAAGGGGGCGAAUGGAUCAUAAGUGGACUAGGAGGUAAAAGGGAAAGGACGAAAAGAUGACUGGCUUUUAAAUGCGCAAUUAUAUGUCACAGAAAAACACACAGGUCUGAGACGGGCAUCUUUUUUAUUCGCCAAAUGUGCGUUAUGAAUUAUCUCUCGUAUUGAAAUGUCCAUUUUAUUGUCAUAAACGAACGGGCGCGCGUGUCUGUGCGUAUCCAUAGACUAGAUCUGUGUUACUGCGCCAGGAUGGAGAUGACGCAAAUGACCCAGCUCCCCAAAAAGUGUUUCAAGACAAACAUGGCGGCAACUUAACACAGGACCUAAGACGAUGAUGAUGAUGAUGAGUCUCGCUCAGAACAGAGAAGAUCGAAGGCAAUCCCCCCAGAAACGGAAAGAGCAGCUCGUUCAGGAUCUCGCCUUCCCUUAAGGAGACGCAGGGACACAGGCAGGUUUGGGAACAGCAGCUGCUGCUCUCCGAGGGUCUAUGGGGAGAGGAGGCAAGAGAGGAGGCAUGUUGUCACACAGAAGUCGCUUUUUCUCCGGGGAGCUACGCGGAAUAACGGCGAUAUGACCGCGCGUGGCUUCAUCUAGCCGAUCGACUCGGAUACAGCAGCUGUUUAAACGGGAAAAUUUGACAUUUCAAGUCAAUGCAUUUUGUGGCAGAGGAGCCGUCGCGGUGGAGUCGGCCAGUGCUGCUCUUUGCUGAAAUAUGACCAGGGGUGUUUGGACGUGUCGGCAGCAAGAUGACGGCUUAAAAAUCUGGUUUGCACCCCGGGAGGACGAAAAGCCAUUAUUCACCGAUUCAGAAAGGGCCCAGAGAUGGCGACUGUCCUUAGCCUCUCUUUUGUUUAUCACCGUUUUGCUCUCUGAUCAUCUGUGGUUCUGCGCCGAGGCGAAAUUGACGAGGACUCGAGACAAGUUCGCCGCCAUGGACGCGGUGGAGCACACGAACCAUAUACAUUCACCCAGCCAUCAGCCCGUCACAGAGCAGAGUCUUAUUUUUAUAGGCAAUUCUACCAAACCUCUGCGGAGACUUGAAACUUGUCAUCCCGACAGCCUCUCCAAAAACUGCUUGACUUUCGCCGACGCGCACGACGUGUGCUCGGGCCUUUCCGAGUGGAACCUGAGCGAUUUCUAUCUUUCUUUUUGUAAUUCCUACUCUCUUUUGGAUUUGUUUUACGGGUUUACGAGUCCGGACAAUUUGACCUGUAGCUUGGACGUGGCUGCUGGCGGUAACAUAUCGGGAUGCAGCCGAUGCGUUCAGGCUUACCAACUCUACGACCGACGAGCUCAGGAGACAUAUCGAGAGUUUGAGAUUAUGGUUCAGAAAUAUGAAACGGAUGUAUAUUCGGUGCGGACAUGCAUGGAAGAGUGCACGACUGUCUAUAAACAGUGGAUCUGUGCCCAGUUCUUCCACAUCACACAGAUGCACUGCAGCAACAGGAUCCCUUGCAGGAAGUACUGCCUGGAGGUCCAGCAGAGGUGUCCAUUCAUAUUGCCUGACAAUGAUGAGCUCAUCUACGGAGGAAGCCCCAGUUUUAUAUGCACAGGGCUCCAAGAGGACAACCCUUCAGACGCAGAGACAGAAUGCUGCGACGUUCGAUGGGACAGCAGGACGGACAACAGCUCCAAAGGCACUCUCAAAAGAACUCACCCGUCGUGUCAGCACGGGACAUCCCUGACAUCGUCAGCAGCCUCUAGACUGUGCAACAGCAGACUCAAAUUCUGCCUGCUGGUCCUCGUCCUACUUCAUACUGUUGCCACUCUCACAGCAUCCCACAGUCCCACCGGUUUCAACCUCACCUCCUCCAACUCCUCCAACGAGGAAUGAUGGGAGUAUCCACUCGGUUACAGUGUCGAACCCGAUCGCGUGACGGACCGUGGGUAACUGCUGUAAUGCUUUUUGGGACCUUUAGUACAGUUCAGGUGGAGACUGUGGACGUGCAAUCAACCAAGCAAACAAAACGAACUGAGAAAAGCUGAACCGAACUCUGGACAAAUUUAAUCAAGCAACAAGAACAAGGGACAACACCGUAGCCUUUGUCGAAAGAGGGCGGAGUUCUCUCGCACCAUGUUUUUUUACACUGUGUCUAUGAUUUAGAUUUCUGUUGCACUAGAUGACUGCAGAAUCUAAUUCAUGUUUUUCUUUCUUUCUUUCUUUUCAUUCGGGUCUUUGUGCAGGAAGGAUCGGCAUAGUCAGAUGAGUUAAAUGUACAGUAUCAAAGUGAAUAUUCAAGAGCGAGUGUCUAUGUGGGUGACUGGUUGAGCGCGUGUGCAUGUGUGCCUGUGCUUGCAUUCGUGUGUGUCCACUUAGAUGUUCUUCUUUCUAUUUGUAAUCACAAACUCUCUGAAUGCUGCUCUAUCCAUUAUGAGGGUUUCUCUAGAGCCUCUAUAGCAGUUUAUAUAUGUUUGAAUUUCUGACAAAUCUGCUUAGGUAAAUACCCCGAAACUCAGAUUCUCCCACUAAGAUCCUAUCCCUGAUGUUUUUGUUGCUGAUGUAAUGUCACUUCCUGGUAGGCCAGGUCACGGUAGCUUUGGGGUCUGGGUAUGUUUAAAACAUUUUGCUUAAGUGCUUAAAACUAAAAAGGUCCUAUUGUAUCCAGACUUGGAAAUCCUUUUUGUGUUUGUCCCGGGAAAGGAACAACAAAAAGUCCCCAAAUCAAUUUUUCUGCCCUUAGUAGUAGGCAUAUCUAUUUUAUUACGACUAUAUAUUAUCUAUACAGUAUAAUUGCAUGUUAUAAUCAGUUUAUAACCACACUUGUUUUGACCACACCGCUAAAUUUCAAAGGAAUAAAUCCAAAUCCGGUAGCCAGGUAUUCUUGGCACAUAUUUUAAAUAGCAUCCGAAUUGCUAUUUUGCAGCACGUACCCAGCCAGUCAGAGCUUAUAAAACGAAACACCCCAAACACAGAGAGGAUCCAUCGUACAGUUUAUUUUAAAUACUACGUUCCUUACCACAGUAAAGGGCUUACCCAUCAUGUGUACUCCAUACACAUUCAGACAUUCCUGCAACAUUUGCAUGUAGAGAUUCAUGAGGCUUAAGCAACUCAGUGGAAACUAUAUUCAUUUGUUAUAAACCUUAAGAUAUUUAAAAUGAACAUUGUUUAUGAGAAAGUAAGGCAUCAUUAAGGGCUUUUAUAUUUUUAUUUGUUUUCUACAGGUAUUACUCUCUAAUGAGGAUGUGUCGCUGUGACACAGACGCACACACAAAAAACUAAAGCCUUUUUAGAGACAGAUCCCGUGUGAACCUGUCAAAUGAUACAGUCACACUUCUGUUUCCAUACAGUGUUAAAACUCAUAAAACAUCACAAACAUGUCCAAAAGGUAACACUGGCCCUCUACAUACACAACAUGCACAUUUCGUAAUUUAGCGCUAAGUAUGCUAACUAUAAAAAUAAAUAUAUUCUAAGUGUUUAGUAGCCACCAUUUUGAUAGACAACAUAAUGCAUGUCUUUUAACAAACAAAUAGGAAUACAAAUGGGUGACAUUUGCCACUUUUAAAUGUAAUCUUCAUUAGCGUAAAAUCAAAAAGAGUGGCUGUAAUUUUUUUGCAUUGCUGACGAUCUGAAAUAUUAGCGAUUUUUUGUUGUUGAUAAAACACUUAAGAAAAUGUAAAAUCUUCACUUAAAGAAACGACCCAUUUGCCCUUUUGCAAUAUAAAUUAGCAUUAGCGAAUGACAUUUCGAGGUGUCAGAAGCACAAGUGAUUUUUUUCGCUAAUGAUGUUCGGUGGACUUAAAAAGACAAAAAAAAAAGUGUUCAACCUCAAUGACCAAAUACUUUUACUUUAUGUAGUUAUUUUUCAAUUCCCAGCAAAUUAAUGCACUUUUGGACCAAGGUGUUAAUUUACUUCUUGGCUAUUUAAGGCUUUUGAAUUUAGUCCAGAGUUUGAUCUAAUGACUGAUUUAUUCUCAAGCUGAUUCAGGUAUAUAAUAGUCUAUUAUUAAAGGGACAGUUCAUCCAAAAAUGAAAAUUGUGUCAUUUAGUCACCCUCUUGUUAUUCUACCCCUGUAUGAGUUUCUUUCAUCUGUUGAACACAAAAGAAGAUGAUAAUCACAAUGUUGAUGGCAGUGUUAUGGUAAAGAUUAUGGUGGGUCCCCUUUCUAAGGGUCAUUAUAGGGUCGCCGUGAGUUCACAAAGUAAGAUGUGAUCCUGGAUCAACGUUUUAAUUAAAGAAACCCCCAAUUAACCUUAACUCAAACCCUAUAACCAUUUAUUACCCCUUAAAGGGACACUUCACCCAUUUGCAUUAAGCUUUAUAUGCAUAGUUAGAACCCCAGUCAUGUUUUUGAAUGGUCAUGCUUCAUUUCCUCAGUUCCCGCUGAAACAGGAGGAAUAAAGAUUUCAGUGUUGCACUUCCUUCUUUCAAUGAUGUAAAAAUCAUUUUGCAUCAUUGAAAGAAGGAAGUCCAAUAUCUUUGGAGAAACACCCCUUUUCUCGGUCAAAUAGGCACCAAAUUCUAAAUGUAUGUUACAUUUCGACUACAAAUAUGACACACUUUCAAUAGGGAUUCAUGUUUCUAUGGGUGAAAUGCUCCUUUAAAUUAGUGUAAAAUAAUAGUUUGGAAAGAAUUUUUUAACUCUUUCACCGCCAUUGACAAAUAAUCUUGUCAAUUAAGAGAAAACAUUUGCAUGAAAAAAAACGUGUUCCUGAUUAGUUUUUAUUGUAAUUAUGGUUUAUGGUAAUCUGUAAUACCAAGUCUCCACUGGAUGGCGCACUUAUCCAAUUUAUAAAAAACUUAAGCAAACAAAUAUUUAUUAAUUUUACACUCCGUUUAUGUUUUGAUAAUCAUUCUGAAUCUGAUCUCUAAAAAAAUUCCAUUUACAAUUUUUGAAAAAAAAAACUUAUUUAAGAGUUUAUAAACAAAGAAAAAAAUAACGAUAGGGUGAAAGUUUUUUUCCCCUUUUGUUUGUUUGUUUGUUAAUUGUUUGUUUGAAAGCAGAGGGCUUGUUCUUUCAUUUAAAAUUUGUGUAGAAUAUGUGCUUUAAAUUUUUUUCCUGGAAAGCAUUUUGUGAAACUUUUGUGAAAAUCGCAAAAAAUGUUGGCGGGCAACUUUUCAAAAAAAAAAAAAAAAAAAAGGCUGGCAAUGAGGUAAAAGCCUCUGAACCAAUCAUAAAUCUAACAAUCUGUCAAUUCCCCUAGAAAGCAGCGUGAGGUGUACUUGAGAGUUAUACUUAUUUUAAACAGAAAUCUUUUGGAUUAUUUUAAUGCGAAAUUAGAACAAGAAUUUUAAAUGUAUGUUGUUGUUUUUUUUUUUUCUAAAAAGCAGGGUACCCCUCUAAUUUAUAUUUUUGUGCUUUAUAUGGGGUCCCUCAAUGCUUAUAAGAGGUCUGGGACCGGCCCAGCCCCCGCUCAAUUCGAACAUUGGUUGACGAUUUCCACUGACUUCCAUAGUAGGAUAAACAAAUAUGGGGAAAAAACUGUGUUCUUACCAUCAUUUAUCCAAAUAUCUUUAUUUGUGUUCAACAUAAUAAAGAAAUGAAUACAGGUUUUGAACAACAUGAGGGUGAAUAAAUCAUUUUUGGGUGAACAAUCCCUUUAACAUUAUCACAAUUAGGGCUUUUAUUCAGUAUCGGCAGUAUGUUGUCUAUCAUUUAUUUUCAUGAACCUGUUUUUUUUAAAACGAUGUCAUGCAAUGUCUUUCAGACCCAAGAUCACGAUGAAGCAAGUCAGUCCAUAUGUUAAGGGAAAACAGGCAGAAAUCUAUUUAGGAUGCAUAAGGGUCGUCCAGUGUGCAGGGAUCGGAUUCAGUAUGAUGAGGAUUUCACUAAUGAAUAAUUAGAAGAAACCACAGGGAGCGAGAGAGAUGAGCCUCAUGAGAGCUUAUUAGCUAGUUUAUAACCCUGGACAUUCGGCUGACACCACCUGCUCGACAGGAGAUGGAACAGAAAUGGUUCCCUCCGUUUUUCUUCAAAUAAUUCAACUGGGCCAGAAAAAUGGAGAUAGUAAGAACAGAAGGGUGAGCGGAGGAAUGGAUGUCCAUCAGUGUCUUUUCACUUCUGGAUGUUUGUUACAGCAACACAUGCAUACAUCAGUCGUACGUACAUAUAUGUGCUCCUCACUUGUGUGUAUAUAUUUUUUGUAAUGGGUUUGCACCGUGUCGGUUUCUUAAUUAUGUCAAUCAAGGAUGGAUUGGGGUCCCGGGCACCCGCCUCAUUGGAGACACCACACUUUUCUCACAGUUGCGAGAUAUCCAAAUAACAACAUUAUAUUCAUAAUGAAAUUGAAAGUCACAGUUGUGAGAAAUAAAGUCGGCCUUAUGAGAUUGAACACUUUAUUUAUGUGAAGCACUUUAGUUUACAGUCCUGUUUCUAUGUUUGCGUUUAUGGGUUUCUCUCAACUCGUGGUUAUGUGCCCGGCUCAUAAUCUGUCCUUGAAUAUUAAUGUGUGCAAUGUGAUGAAUGCCACUGCAGACAUCAUAUUGGAAGCAAAUGAAGGAUACAAUUCAUGCAAACCGACUCACAUGAAAACCUUCAUGAUUUGUCUGACUUUGUUACCCUCGUAACAUGUUUCUCUGUGUUUGUGGGGUCCAGUCAUCAUACAGUACGUCUCAGCGACCAACAAGAUUGAAUGUAACAGAUGCCUGCUAAUAUCACACCACCAAACCUAAUAUAUAAGACAUAUUUUAUGCUUGCACAUGUUUGACGGUCAUUUCCGAGUACAGAUCCAGUUGUGUAAGUAGUACAUCACACGGCAUAAUACACACUUAGCAAGCAGAAAUACUUUCUUUUCUCUUUUUGAAUCCUGUGGACCUAUGCAGCCCUCGACCUCAGUUGUUUUUCUGUUGUAAAUACGUUACGAGAAUGCUUAACAAUGUGUGUCUCCGUUUGAUUUCGAGGUUUCCUUGUGUUCUGAGUUGGUGUCCUUUUUUAAUCCUCUUUUUUAAGUGUCAGAGAUCACUGGUUGGUUUGUGCUGAGAUCUAAACUGAGAGCGAAGUGCUUUAAUCGCAAGAACUGUCCUCUUGGUCACAACCUUAGCACCUGAAGGCUGUGAUGGUAUGUGAUGUGCAAAGCAAUGACUUUAAGAAAAAGAAAAGAAAAAAGGUUUAAAGGCAUAUAGAGAUAACAUUAUGACUAUGACUACUGAAAAAAUGAUAUUAUUAUACUACCGGUAUAUUGUAAUAUUAUAGAUGAUUUAGUUGAGUAACCUAUUUAAUUUUUUUACAAACUUUGAUGAAAUAAUUUAUAAAACAAUCUCACGAGUUAUGAUCUUUUCAAAGGUAUGAUUAUACUGCUAAAAUGAUUAAAGUUGUGUUCUGAUGAAAUA